AUGCUUAAGUACAACUUACUAUUCUUUCUGUGCUUAGUAGUUGUCUUGGCCUUCUCCAAACCUCUUCCUAAUCGGAAAAUUAUUGGCGGCGAGGACAUUUCCAUCGAGAAGGCCCCCUGGCAAGUGUCGAUUCAGGAGUGGAGCGGUCACAUCUGUGGUGGCUCCAUCCUGAGUCCUUACAUUAUCCUGACGGCUGCCCAUUGUGUGAUUGAAUACUAUCCCGAACACUUGGUGGUGCGUGUGGGCUCCAGCUAUGUAGAUUUCGGAGGCUUUCUCCUGGACGUGUCCUUGAUUGUGUACCAUGGAGACUUCGACUCCACCUCAUUCGACAACGAUGUGGCUCUAGUGGUUCUGAGUGAGCCCCUCGAUCUGGAGAACUACGAUAGUAUUCGUUCCAUCGAACUGGCAAAGGAUAUGCCAACGCCAGGAUUUCAAGUCUCUGUCUCUGGCUGGGGAUACACGGAUUACGGCUACGCGGAAGUCUUGCAGUAUUUGGAAAGUGAAAUAGUGGAUCCUGGAAAGUGUAGAAAGCUGUACAGUAAGUACAAUAACGUAUCGGAAAGGAUGCUUUGCGCCUCGGCCUACCACAGAGGCAGUUGUCGGGGAGACUCCGGUGGAGCUCUGGUCCUGGACAACCGUCAGGUGGGCAUUGUGUCCUGGGGCGUGGGCUGUGCCGAUCCUCGGUUCCCUUCUGUCUACACGAGUGUUCCAGCCCUGAGGGAGUGGAUUGAAAGCACAGCUAAUGGAAUAUUGGCUGAAAAAUAUUUGAAAAUAAAAUGAAACA